CUGCUGGCUGCCCGGGCCGUCAGUCGCGCCCGGGCGGGGCGGGCGCAGGGCGCUCCGGUCACCGCCCCGUCCGUGAGCACCGCCUCCGCUCCGCCCCGCCCGCCCCGCCCGCCGGCUCUGGCCCGGUCUCGUCUCGCCCCGGGUUCGCCGUGCCACCACCGCCAGCAGCCGCAGCAGCGGAGGCAGCGGUGCGCCCCGCCACCAUGAAGGUGACCGUGGACUUCGAGGAGUGCCUGAAGGACUCGCCGCGCUUCAGGGCAACUUUAGAAGAGGUAGAAGGAGAUGUGACAGAGCUGGAACUGAAACUUGACAAGCUGGUGAAGCUUUGUAUUGCAAUGAUUGAUACUGGGAAAGCAUUUUGCACAGCCAACAAACAGUUCAUGAAUGGAAUUCGAGACCUUGCACAAUAUUCCUGUAAAGAUACAUUGGUUGAGACCAAUUUGACGAAGUUCUCUGACACCUUACAGGAAAUGAUCAAUUAUCAUAAUAUUCUGUUUGACCAAAUCCAAAGAUCAAUUAAAACACAGCUUCAGACUUUCGUUAAAGAAGAUAUUAGGAAAUUUAAAGAUGCAAAGAAACAGUUUGAAAAAGUGAGUGAAGAAAAGGAGAAUGCUCUGGUGAAAAAUGCCCAAGUCCAAAGAAAUAAGCAACAUGAGGUAGAGGAAGCAACCAAUAUUUUGACUGCAACACGGAAGUGUUUUCGACACAUAGCUCUGGAUUAUGUUCUUCAGAUCAAUGUUCUUCAAUCUAAAAGAAGAGCAGAAAUCUUAAAAUCGAUGUUAUCGUUUAUGUAUGCACAUCUGGCUUUUUUCCACCAAGGCUAUGAUCUGUUUAGUGAACUUGAACCCUACAUGAAAGAUCUUGGUGCACAGCUGGAUCAAUUGGCUGUAGAUGCUGCGAAAGAGAAGAGAGAUAUGGAACAAAAGCACUCCACUAUUCAACAAAAGGAUUAUUCCAGUGAUGAUACUAAACUAGAAUACAAUGUAGAUGCAGCCAAUGGCAUCGUUAUGGAAGGUUAUUUAUUCAAGCGAGCUAGCAAUGCCUUCAAGACUUGGAACAGGCGCUGGUUCUCAAUACAAAAUAACCAACUUGUGUACCAGAAGAAAUUUAAGGAUAAUCCCACAGUAGUUGUUGAAGACCUGCGGCUCUGCACGGUUAAGCACUGCGAAGACAUAGAAAGACGUUUCUGUUUUGAGGUGGUUUCUCCAACAAAGAGCUGCAUGCUUCAGGCUGACUCGGAAAAGCUGCGGCAGGCGUGGAUUAAGGCUGUUCAGACCAGUAUUGCCACAGCGUAUAGAGAGAAAGGGGAUGAAUCUGAGAAACAGGAAAAGAAAUCAUCCCCUUCUACUGGGAGCCUAGAAUCUGGGAGUGAGACAAAAGAGAAGUUGUUGAAAGGAGAGAGUGCCCUGCAGCGAGUGCAGUGUAUCCCUGGUAAUGCUGCCUGCUGUGACUGUGGUUUGGCAGAUCCUCGCUGGGCCAGUAUCAACCUGGGAAUCACACUAUGCAUCGAGUGCUCUGGGAUACACAGGAGCUUGGGAGUCCACUUUUCAAAAGUAAGAUCUUUAACGUUGGAUUCAUGGGAACCUGAACUCCUAAAGCUUAUGUGUGAAUUGGGAAAUGAUGUUAUAAAUAGAAUAUAUGAAGCGAAGUUGGAAAAAAUGGGAGUAAAGAAGCCACAAUCUGGAAGUCAAAGGCAGGAGAAGGAAGCAUACAUCAGAGCAAAAUAUGUGGAAAGAAAGUUUGUAGAGAAGCAAGCUUCAUCAGUACCUCUGCCUGAGCCUGGAACAAAAGUUUUGCCUCCAAGUCAGGAAGAGAAAAGGCACAGCGGCCCUGAAAAAUCUCUUUUGGCAGGGGAACAAGGUGCAGCAUCCCCAAAAGUCCGAAGCAGUGACAGUGGGAUCCAGCCGAGCACUGAUGACAGCAGAGAACACCUUGCCUCUACUAUAUCAGCCAACAGUUUAUAUGAGCCAGAAGGAGACAAGCAAGAGUCUCCAGUGUUCUGUGACUCCAAGCAGCCUAGUCCAGGAUUGCGGUUGUAUCGAGCUGCCUUUGAGAAAAAUCUUCCCCACAUGGCAGAAGCAUUGGCUCAUGGAGCUGAAGUAAACUGGGUCAAUGUGGAAGAAAACAAAGCAACACCACUCAUUCAGGCAGUGCGAGGGGGUUCGUUGGUUACUUGUGAAUUUUUGCUGCAGAAUGGGGCCAAUGUGAACAUCCGAGACAUGAAAGGAAGGGGGCCCCUGCACCAUGCCACAGUUCUAGGACACACUGGGCAAGUGUGCUUAUUCCUAAAACGAGGAGCAAACCAACAUGCCACUGAUGAAGAUGGGAAAGAUCCAUUGAGUAUAGCAGUGGAAGCUGCAAAUGCAGAUAUUGUAACGCUGUUGCGUUUGGCAAGGAUGAAUGAAGAAAUGCGUGAAUCAGAAGGACUUUAUGGGCAGCCAGGAGAUGAAAUUUAUCAGGACAUUUUUCGUGACUUUUCUCAAAUGGCAUCAAAUAAUCCAGAGAAGUUAAACCGCUUCCAGCAGUCAGAUUCCCAGAAGUCUUAAGUAUCAAGAAGGAAAAGAACCUGAAGCUUAUAGUGCAAGUCUUUUUUUACUUUAACAGAAUGAAUUGUAUGCAUUUUGUUAGAUAGUUUGGAUAAAAUGACCACUCCAAUAUAGCUUUAGAUUGUGGUGGCUGGGGAAGUGUAUGAGUUGGUUUAUGUUCUACAGUACAUAUACCUCAGCAGCUGAAGAUGUUUCAAAGCCCUGAGUACCUGCUAGCUCAGUGUACAGCAGCCCCAGUUACAGGCCCAGCGUUUGCAGCUCACACUCGGGGGUGGCAGAGCUCUGACUGCAGGAUGGGCACAGCAGCUUUGCUACCCAGUGUCGUCCACUGUCAUCUGGCCCCCUGUUGCCAUAAAGAAUGUGCCUCUGACAAGAAGGUCUGGGUUGCAUUUUCUGGGACUGUUGGGAAGGGAAAUUGGGUAAUGAUUUACUGAGUUGUCCUUCCAUUUGUGGGACUGCAACUCAACAGAUUCUCUUGUUCCUACACUGACUCUGGUUAGAGGUAGGCUGUUCAUAACAGAUGUGAUCACUUCUGCUCUUUUGCCAGCUUUCACAGUGGAAGCUCUAGCACCAGGCUGGCCUUUGUGCUGGUGACUGCAGGUCAGUCACAAAGGGAUGUAUCCUGGGGACCAAAUUCCUAAGAGCAGUCUAUUAUCCUUUUUUUUUCUUUUCCUCUUAAAUUAAGCUUUCAGUGCAGCAAGUAUCCUUCUAAAUGAGCAUGUGGAACCUUUCCUGAAAAAUAAACUUGAUCCUUUUGGACAUGAUGUGGGGUUUGUUUGUAGUAUUUUGACAUGAAAACUUGAAAUUUGAGACAUGAAAGUAAGUACUGAGCCAAUGAAGUUUGUGUAGAAUAGUUGUACAAAGGCUACAUCUACUUUUUGCUGUUCUCACUACUAGCCCUAAGCUCAGUAUAAAAGCCUCAUGUCUUGCAGCCACUCUAAAUUUAGGGCAAUCAAUCUUUUCUGUUGGGAAGCAGUAGCCCUUGUAUAAUUUGCAAUGAUGUGUAUGUUUAUGUGUUGUCUAAGGUGAGCACAAGAAAAACAAAUUUCAGUGCACAUUUUUGUAAAGUAAUGAAUGAGCACAGUCUCCAGUUGUAUUGGAGGGCAGCAGGGCAGCAAGACAAUUUGCUUUGUUCACUCUGCCCUUGUGCAUGUAUAAAUGGUGUCGCUAGAUAUAUGCUUAUAUAUCAGGUUAUUUAUACCUAGAUAAUAAUCCUCUUAAACCCCAAACCAGCAGAUGCAAUUCUUUAUCCUCUAUCUGUCUAUGGGGACAACUUCAGCAGAGCUUUUAGGUGACAUAGUAUCAAUGUGAGUUUUCAGUAAUCCUAAUAACUGUGGCAUUAUGUUAAGCUGCUGUUUAAGUGUAUUUAGAAAAUGGAUUCAGUUUUCUCCAUGGAAAGAUAAGCAAAACUUGGAUAAAACAAAUUGAAAUCUGUAAACUAUGGUAAAGUUAAACUUUCUGGCAUGUUAAGUUUAAAGAAGGUGUUUCAAACAUUUAUAAUUUUGCAUCAAAUGUCUAAUAAUGUAUCAAAUCUGCAUAUUAUUAUUGCUACAGAAUUAGUAGUGUUGUAGAAUUGUCCAAUGGAUUUUAUUUCCAAGCAGAAGAAUCUUACAGGACAGUUCUUGCUUUGUAUGUGGUCUAAUUAUGGUAGGAAAAGCAGAUGCUGCCCAUUUAAAGUGUGCAUUUAGUCUGAAUAAUAAGAAACUUAAGCAUAUCACCUGUAAGCAGUAAUUUUUAGUUAAGCUGAUUUUUAAAUAGCUACCUAUGAAAUUAUAAUAUACUUCCUAAUCAGCAGUAUUUACCAGAAAAUGGGUGUUUUAGUAGAUCUUAGAGAAAGUAAGAUUCCUGGUGUCCAGAUGGAACAAUAUAAGAUAUGACUACAUAAUAUACACCUUAGACAUAGGGUUUUCUAAAUGUUUCUCUUUCCCAUCUUGGCUGGAAGGCAGUGUGUAGUGGGGUUGGCUGGAAUGUAAAGCUGCCUAAAGCUUAACGGCAUAAUUGCUGUCUCAGUCCAGGUUGCUGGAAAAAAGGUUUGAGAGACUUAUUCCAAAUCUCCACUGGUGAUUUCCUCCCUGGCCACAAAAUCUCUGUGACAAAUUUUGCAGGAUGACUUCUUUAGACUAAAAAAUUCUUCCCUGUAGCUCUAUGUGUGCAUGUUGCAUUGCUGACUCUCAUCUGUCUGGUAAACAGUAUCAGUCUGUCUGUGCUAAAGGAUGAGUGACACCUGAUUGAUUGACAGGUGGUGUGACUUGUCAGGAGUGCUGGAGUUUUAAUGGCAUAGAGAGUACGUGUGUCGCUUGGGAUCCUCAGCCUUGUUCCCCUGUCCUUUCAGUUAUGAUAGGAUGUCCAAUAUAAACUGCACUCAGUUAAAGCCUUUUUCAGGUCAGGUGCAAUGGUAACAUGUUGCUUACCAGCAGAAAUGAAUGUACCGCUAAGUUUAAUGGCUCAGUCUCACCAGGCUCUGUUACAAGGUGAAUCUAAGUGGAAUAGUAGACAGUAAGGUUCCAUUGUGGGUUAACAUCUUGUGCUUUAUACCAAGCAAUGGAAAAGUUCAAGUCCAUUUCAUGUUUCUCUGUAGGUAUGAAAUAGAGUAGUGAGGGACAAAGCAGAAGAUUCCUAUCACAUUUUAAAACCAUCUUUCAUGAGGAUAUUUAGUAAUUUUCUAUAUUAGAUAGCCUAUUGAAGGAUAGUAUAAUAUCUUUCCUAUUUAUAUGUGUUCCAAAAGUCUCUUUGAAUGACAAAUUUUGAGGAACUCAACUUAGAUUCUAAUGAGUCUUGAUUUCAGAGGUGUAAUUUGUCCGUUGCAUGUUGAUUAAAAUAGUGUCUGAUGGCUCAUUAGUGGUAUCAAUUGUUUAGAGUGUUCAUAAGGUUUUAUAUUAGUGUCAGUACAGUGCAUAUAAACUUAAAUUUCUGAAUUAUCAUACUGAAUCAUGCCACUGCCUGUGUUAGACAGUUGGAAUUUGUUCACAUGAAUUUGGGUGAAGGUGGUAGAUUGUGAAAGCAAGGAAAUACCUCUACCAACAGCCCACAUUGCAGUCAGAUGGAUGUGUGUUCCAGGUGCUCAUUAGUACAUUGUGGACUUCAGCCUCUCUGCCCAUUAGGACCUGAUCCAGGAAGUCACUGAUACCAGUGGAAGUCUUUAAACUCAUUUUGGAGGUUUUAGAUUUACCAUUCAUGGCUUUUAAUGUUAGAGUGCUAAAGGAUCCUGUAUUAAUACUGCAUUUUUCACUCUGUGGGGUUUUAUAUUUUACUUGUUUGUAUACUAAGCUGAAAUAGUUUCAGAAAAUGCAACCAGACCUUCCAGCUGCUGUCAGAAAAUCCCUAUACAAGAGGAAGUUUCUCCUGUUCUGCGUUACGACGUCAGUACACAUGUGUUGUCCAAAUUACUAGGUCUCCUGGAUAGAGCAUAAACUUUGUAGCACUAAAUUAUAAAGGUGAGAACUAGAACAACCGGAGAAUUGAUGUCAUGUUCCCACGACUUUGGUGCUUCUCUGCAGCCAUCUGUUUUAAAUUGUGGAUGUUACCUCUGCUGCUUCAUCUUGAGAAUCUCAAAUAACAGAGUUGCUAUAAAAUGAUCCUUUGAUGAAACUGCAAAUAAUAAUAUGUAAGUACAAAGGACGUGGUAUUUUUACACUGUCAAAAGGACUGAGCUGAUUAUUUUGAUUCUUCAAUACACAAAGCAUUUUGAGAAUCAAUUUUUCAGGCUACAAUCUCUGCCCCAUUCAUUAUGGACACUUUUUCCCAGGUUAGAGUUUAUGGCUUGUGCAGUCUGACAGCCAACAUGCCUUGCUCCUGCGCUUACACAAAGGCACAGUUUUAAAACAGGGACAACUCUGGAAAGGCACUGCUGGGGAAAAGGAUGAGUGUACCACUUUGGUAUAUACCUUUUCAUAUGCUUGCUUUAUCUUUCUGCAAACAGUAUUUUCUUGUUUCUCUUCCCAUGGAAGGACAUGAUAGAGGAGGAAAAAUUCCAUUCACUUUUCUGUUAGGAGCCUAAGUUUUCCAUAUUUUGACAGUAAUCGCCAAGAAAUCAUCGUUUCCUCAAGCAGAGACGUUAAUCUCUCCGAAAUAAUGAACUUUUUUUUUUCUCCACGCGUUCCUCUGUACUCGGUGUUUUUUAAGCAUUCCAGCAGUAAAAUGUAAAAAAACCUUUCCCCCCCCUUAAGCUGUAACUGUACAGACUGUAUACCCCGCCCACCUUCGCGUUAUGUACGUCUGUAGACUUUGUAUCUAAAACUUGAGUGUAGUUUC